AGUGAAAAAUUAUUCUUUAGCUGUAGGCAGCUUCAGUGCAAUGCAAAUCUGAAUUAUUUUUGUUUCUUUCUUCUUCUUCUUCUUCUUCUUCUUCUUCUCCAACACAACAAUUUCAAUCACUAUUUAGCGUUCAUCUUUCAAUGUUUCAUUCUGCUCCUAUUUUCACAGUUCCUUCUCUCGGUACCCAUUUUCUCCUUAGCACUGUAUCUCCUAAAUUUCUUUCUUCAAUUCUUCUCUAUUCGAUGUCCAUUGCCGACAACAAUGCCUUUUUUCAAUGAUAUUAUCGAGCUUUCUUAGCUUAAUCUACAUGUUUCAGAUCUAGAUUUUCACGUUCAAUUUGGAGUAAUAAAUAAUUAAUUUCCAAUGAUAUAAUUAAAUUUUGUUCUUGAGUUAGAUUUCUGUUGUUUUCUGAAAAUGGAGAUUUCAAGUGGAGGUUGUUCUCCUAGGAUUAGGUCAGAUCAUUUGAAAAAAGAGGGAUCAGAUGAAAUUCGUUUACGACAAACUUUGGAAUUAGAACUUUCUGAUAUUGUUCGUUAUGGUGAUCACAAUUAUGAAGUUCAAUCAAUGAAUGCUUUGGAUAUUCUCAGAGAGACUAUAAGAAUACUUAGGUUUAAUUCAUGGGCUUUUGUGAUAAUCGCUUUUUUGCUUAUUUGUCCUGUUUCUGCUGUUCUUUUGUCUAAUGUGUUAGUGGAUGAAUCUAUUGUGAAGAAUCUCACUAUUAGGCUUAUGUUGGUUGCUGAAACUAGUGGUCUCCCCUUGAGAUCAAUCAUCAAACAAUCUUGCCAAAGAUUUGCUGAGACGGUUAUCUCUUCUGCGAUGUGUUUUCCUUUGUAUGCUACAUUGUUGUUAUUGUCCAAAACUGCAGUGGUUUAUUCUGUUGAUUGUACUUAUUCUAGAAAAAAGUUUGAUGCUUCCAAGUUUUGUGUCAUUGUUGCAAAGUUUUGGAGGAAGAUGCUUUCGACGUAUAUGUGGGCUUGUACGAUAACAGUUGGUUGCAUCACUAUGUUCUGUGUUUUCCUUGUUGCAUUUUGCAGUGCAUUGGCUGUUCUUGGGUUUUCUCCUAAUGUUGUUGUCUAUGCUGCUUUGAUGGUUGGGCUUGUUUUCUCGGUUAUCUUUGCCAAUGCCAUAAUCAUUUGCAACAUUGCGUUGGUGAUCUCGGUGCUGGAGGAUGUUUCGGGAGCGCAGGCGAUGCUGCGGUCGAGUAUUAUAAUCAAGGGACAGACUCAGGUCGGUUUGCUAAUAUAUCUUGGAUCAACGAUUGGGAUGGCCUUUGUGGAGGGAUUGUUUGAGCACAGAGUAAAGACACUAAGUUACGGUGAUGGAUCUUCAAGAAUGUGGGAAGGUCUGCUCUUGGUGAUAAUGUAUUCGUUUGUGGUGCUUAUAGAUUCUAUGAUGAGUGCAGUUUUCUAUUUCAGUUGUAGAUCUUCUAACACGGACAACGCAAACGGUGAAGGCAACUCAAUUUUAGAAACUAUGGCAAUUUCUGCUGAAACAAUGGGCAUUCAAUGACAAUUCCAGCAUGAUAUUGAUUAUACCGAUUGAACUAAUAAGACGAGGAGGAAGUGGUAAAGAUUGUUCCCAGCAAAUUGUGUUGCCAUUGAGGAACUUUGCAUACUUCUUUCAGAGCAUUGGAUAUAAAAGCUAUAUAUGGAGUGGAUAGAUUUAAAUGGCUUUUGCCUUAAUGAGAUAGUGCACAAUACAUGGAUAUUGCUUUUUUUAGUUACUUUACAAACACGGAGAAACUUAAAAUCGGGGUAAUCGAUGCUUUAAGUUUCUUGUUAUGUCAGUGGCAAAGGUAAUACUUUUGUAAACAAACAGAAGAAAUUAAUCCGAAUCAAAGCACACAUUUAUUGUUCA